ACUAUUUCUACUAUUACUUCACAUGCUAAAUGCAACGUUCUAAAGUACAAGAUCAUUGUUGUCAAUGAAAAUUCCACGGUUCGAGGCACAGGAGAAUGUUAUUUAGAGAUAAAAUGUAAAGUUUUAAGGGAAUUAUUUGUUCAUGAUUUAUCUCGGGACAACACCAUCCUUGCAAUUGCUAAUGGUUUAGAGGAUAAUAAUGAUAAUUUUCAUCUUUAUACCAACUACAAGACUUACAAAUCGUCAUUAAAAGCUAUAGUUGAAUUUAGCCACCAUAUACAGCCUUUAUUUUUGCUACCAGCGUUAGAAAAUCUGGAAUCGGGACUUGAUUACAAAAUAAAUUUUCGACCAGGAAAAGGUGAUAAAAUUGAAGAUUUACAUGAGCGAGUUGCCAAAAGAAUUUUAAAUGUCUGUCUAACUAAUGGAGGUCUUUACAUAAAAUUAGGCCAAGCGAUAGGAGUACAAUCAGCAAUUUUACCAGCAGCAUUCCAAAGGACAUUUAAACAAUUAUUCGAUGAUGCUCCAGCAGUUGACUUCGAUCGUGUAGUCAAAUUAUUUAAAGAAGACUUUAAUUGCCACCCUGAUGAAAUGUUUGAUGAUUCUGAACGUACAGCGAUCGCAUCAGCAAGCAUUGCUCAGGUUCAUCGCGCAAAACUCAAAAAUGGAACACCGGUUGCAGUCAAAAUACAGAAACCAGAUAUAAGACGGCAAAUG